UCUGCCGUUGUGCAGUAUUGAAUUUAUUAAAUUUAAUUUAUUUCCUUGCUAUUUCUAGUUAAAGUAAUGAAUUAAUAAUGUCGUAUUUAUAAUUUUAACAGGAAUAAUUACUCUGUGAAGACGUAGUUCGAUAUAUCUAAUUCAGUGAUAUAAUAUUUUAACCCAUAAGAUAAACCCCGUAAUCGAUAAUACAUUUUUUAGUUUUGUCAUGUUAUUAUACGCAAAAUAUUACUUUAAUAUGAAACUGUAGUGUGUGUUGUGCUUGGUGCUUAAAUCUAUCUUGCCUAAAUAUGUUAUUUACACCGAUUUACAUUGCAAUGACAUUUAUAAAAACUUGGCGAAUUCGCUCUUUCCGAGCUCGCCUUCUAGAGUUCCUCAGUGGAAAUACAAGUGUGGCUUUCUGUAAAGUACCUGAGAAUGCUGCUGAAACACCAACAUUAAGUUCUAAAUUGUGUACAAAUCCUAAAAAUGCAUAUCUCUGUGAUUUAUUGGAUUAUACAAAUGCUUCAAGGAUAUGUAGUAUGAAACCAACUCAGUGUAUAGAUGUUGGUGACUGGGUUACAUGUGCUGGAGGCCUGCCUUUAGGGUCUAGUGAUAUAUCACCCGUAACAGACUUGGAUGUUGAAGUGCUGUUUGAAUGUGAGAUGGAGCCACAUGAAGGAAGUUCACACCAUGACAUAAUCUCUUUAGAGUCUUUGGGUCAGCCAGUGGCAUGGAAGGCAGGUUCACAUCUAGCUAUUGUGUUGAAAACCAACAUGGAACAUCUCAGUAUGGUCGGCUUUCAUUUUGUAGGCGGGGAAUUUAUAAUAGACCACAAACUACCUGUUGUUAGGAUACAAACAAUCCAAUUAUCAGGUGAACCGAACAAAGCAACCGAUCCAUCAAUGAGGGGAUUGCGAACUGACAUACAUCAUGGGUUAAAACAAACACCGGAGUUAUUCCAAUGGUCUAUCCAUGCUGCAUUACUGAAGAAAUUAUCCAAAGUUGUUGAUAUCAAAUCUGAUGUCCGAAAUACAUUUGAAAUGAACGGAGGUAGUGACCAAUUGGAUGCACCAAAGAAAACUGUUACAUUAGCUGAUGUAAGCACUAUAACAACUAGGUCAUUGUCCGCUGAAGAUGAACUUGAUAAAUCAGAGGAAUUUGAUGAGAAAAAUAUAGAAAAAUCACCGGAAAAGAAAAUGAUAGAUGAUGAUAAAGAGGUACUGGUGGAAAAUGUAACGGUAGAAAUUCAACAUAAUAUAACACCGAAAAAAUCAAGUUUAAAAUUAGAUUUGAAGAAAGGCACAAGUCAAUUAUCAACUUCCUUACUAAAUAUAUCCAGUCAAAUAAAAUCUAUAACAACACAUAAACGUAUUGUCAGUACAACUGGGCCAAGGAAAAGUCAAUUGCAAGUGGAAAUACCUGUGAAGGAAGAAGUAACUAAACCAAAUAGCAUACCAAAGUCAUUGAAAAGUUCCCGUCCACUAAUAAAUACUAAGUCACCAAAUGUUUUGAUAUAUUCAGAUAGUUUAGCUGCUAGAGAUAAUUUGGAAGCCUCGCUUAGAAAAGUAUUGGAUUGUGACAGGUAUACGAUAUACGGUGUGUCUCGCGAGGGUUUAGAGCAGGGUGCAUGGCGCGGGCGUGCUGCGCUGGUGGCGGUGGCGGGGUGCGCAGGGCGCGCCGCGCCGCUACUGCUGGCACACCUGCUGGACGGCGGACGUCUGCUGGCACUCUGCUCAGACCUACUGCAUACUGUACUGCCGUAUUACAAGACUGCUGAGGUUAGGGAAAGUGAAAUAGUCCAAUUCAGUUACGACAAAUGGAAGUCUGUCAAAAUGAAGCAUCAUAUUUUCUGCUACCAGGCCUCGCCCGCCAAGAAACAGUUCUCCACUGAAAGUGACAGACAACCGUCCAAAUAUACUGGUCAUCCGGGACACGAGCUGGACAUCCAAAUCCUGGCGUCAGAGGAGACUUGGCGCACUCCCUCGCUGCUGCAGGCGACUGAUCUCGUCAACAAUGGAGUCGCGAUAUUCUCACAGAUACAUCUCGAAGCGGAUCCAAAUGAUUAUUUAGGUGAUGAAGGUUUUAAAAGCAAUGAUGCUCGUUUGGGCAUCAUUCACAAGAUCUUGGGGGACAUUUUAGGACUCCAUGUGAGGGAUCCCAAGGAAAUACGUCAAGUUGAUUACACUAUGGGAUACUUUUUAGGCAAUCAUGUGGAUAAGAUAUCGUUAGUGGAUAAAUGGUGUUCCCCUGAUGAUGAAGGCAGACGUAUACAUAAAUUAGAUAAAUUAACAAUACAAUGGUGCAUGAGAGGAGAAAUGCCUUUAGAGUCUCCGUCUGCAGAAUUCUUGCCCGUAUGUCUCUAUGAAUGUCCUGAUAACUUUUCAACUGUCGAAUAUUUUGAUAAUUUAACCUCGAUAUCUCUCGGUCGGCUCGUAAUAUACACUGAAGUGAUAGAUUCCACAACACUAGUAGUAGACGGGGGGUCGCUGUCGCACGGCGUGGCGUGCGUCGCGCGGCGCCAGCUGGCGGGCAGCGGGCGCGCGGGCAACGCCUGGCUGACACCCCCCGGGCAGGCCGCACUCUCUAUCCAGGUGUGGCGCAAGAUGUCACCGCGGCUGUCGUUGGUGCAGCACGCGGCCGCGCUGGCUGCAGUACGCGCAGUACGCACACAUCCUCACUACGAACACUUGGAUAUCAGAUUGAAAUGGCCCAAUGACAUAUACUAUGGUCGUGAAGUCAAGAUAGGUGGCAUCAUCACUAAAGCUAGCUGCUUAGGUGAUGACGUCAUCGUACAUAUAGGUGCAGGUGUGAAUAUAUCAAACAGUGUACCUACCACGUGCAUUAACGAUAUUAUAUCUGAAUACAAUCGUAUCCACGGCACUACCUUAGCCCCUGUUUCCAUUGAGAAGUUCCUCGCGCGCUGGUGCUCACACCUCGAGCUGAUUCUCCAACAUAUAGAGACUGAUGAGGGUCUGGAGACGUUCUUUCAGCAGUACUACCAGUAUUGGUUACAUGAUGGUGAAGAGAUAACGGUGAAGAAGGAGGGCAGCGAGAGUCCGGUGUGGGGCAUAGUGUCGGGAGUGGACGAGGCGGGCUGGCUGCGCGUGCGCACUGACGGACAGGAACUACGUGUCGCUCCUGACGGGAACACAUUCGACAUCAUGACGGGACUCAUCGCACCUAAAAUUUAAUAUAUAUGGUUAUAUAAGAAAGAACACUUAUCGUGGGUUUCCGAGAUCAAAAUCAGUGUUUAAAACAUAUAUUGUUAUCUCUGUUUUUCAAAAAUAUGUUUUAUGUACAGAUUUUAGGGUCAGAAACCCACCGUUAAGUUAGUGGACAUACGGGAAGAGUCGAAUGAAGAAUUUUAAAUAUACAACUUUAUAAAACACCAAAAUACAAUUAAGUACUGUGUCUUGGUGGAAAAAGGGUUUAAUACAACUAAUAUGAGAUAAUUUAGUAAAAGGGAGGGUUAAAAAAUUAUACGCUUUUUUUGGAUAUCAAAGACGUAUAGGGCAAUUAAAAAUUAUUAGAAAUUUGCCUUUGAAUUGAUAAUUUCGGAAUCGACAUACAUAUGAACAAAGUAAAGUUGUCAUAUCAUGUGAAUGGAAUGAAGGGUUGAAGGGUCUUAAAUAACGCAAAAUUUUUUUUUUUUGCAGCAAGUAGGUAAUGAAAAAAUUUUUUGAUAGAAAGCUUUCAUCUUCAACAAACGGAAACUCUGAUAGAGUAGUCGUUUUUGUGAUUGCUAAGUAUCAGAAUUAGGUUUAAAAAUAUAAAAAAUCGACUGUCUUAAUUCAUUCAGGGGUGCUUUUUGAAAUCCAUUAACUGAUAAAAUACUGAUUUAAUGUUUAUUUACUGUUGGUUUCUGAGACUAAGUACUCUCUAUAAACAUAUCGUC